AUGGGGGACCGCGGGCGAGAGAGCGAUCGCACGGGCUUGCUCGUGCUCUAUGGGUCCGAGACAGGCAAUGCCGCGGACGUCGCAGAGGGCGUGUGGCGCGCCGCGCGCCGAAAAGGGUUCGCGGCGCGCGUGAUGCCCAUGGAUGAUUACGAGGUCGCCAGGCUCCCCAGCGAGCGCUGCGUGGUCUUCGUGUGCUCGACCACAGGCCAAGGCGACGCGCCGUCCAACAUGCGCAAGUUCUGGCGCUUUCUCUGCCGCAAGGAUCUCCCCGCAGACUCGCUCUCCAAUUCACGCUGCGCUGUCUUCGGUCUCGGCGACUCAGGCUACCAGAAGUACAACGUCACCGCGCUCAAGCUCUUCCGCCGCCUCGAGAUGCUCGGCGCCACCCUCCCCCUGCCACCCGCCCUCGGCGACGACCAACACCCCAAGGGCUACGAAGGCGCGCUGCAGCCGUGGAUGUCCGAACUCUUCCCCGCGCUCGCGCCCGCGCUGCCGCCUCCGAGCGGCGCCUUCGACGCCCCGGGCGAGUCGGACGGGAUGCCGGCAUUAGACCCCCCCAAGUUCGUAGUGAGCGUUGUCGGGCGGACACCCCCCCCGGCCGGCGCACCGCACCGCGCGCUCCUCGAGGAGGGGCUCGAGGCCGCGCGGCUCCUCGACCGCGUGUCCGCCGCGGCGAUCGGCUGCGACGAGGACGCGUUCGGGCAGCGAGCUGACGCACGCCCCCCGUUUGGCCCUCACUCCCCCCUCCUCGCGCCCGUCGCGGUCAACAAGCGUGUCACCGCCGCGACCACUCCGCCGCCAUCGGACCCGACCGCCGACCGCGACGUCAGGCAUAUCGAGCUCGACGUCAGCGCCGCAAUCGACGUGGCGGCGCGCAACGGCAGUGCGGCGCUGCAGUACGAGGCCGGUGACGCCGCCGCCGUGGUGCCCUGGGUGAGCGCGGCGGCGAUUGACGCGUUCUGUGCGCGGUGCAGCGUCCACGAGAACGACGUGCUGCACAUUGCGCCGCAUCCGUAUUACGCGGGGGGUGUGGAGGAGGAGAAGGGGGGUGUCAAGGGGGGUGUGCGCGUCCGGGCGGGCGCGCUGUUCCGGGCGGCGCUGGACGUCGCGGGCGCGAGUCCGCGCCGCUACUUUUUCACGGUGGCGGCGCACUUCGCCCGCGCGCAGCACGAGCGGGAGCGCCUCGCAGAGCUCGCGUCCCCCGAGGGCCUGGAGGAGUUAUACGAGUACAACGAAAAGGAGUCCCGGUCCGUCAUGGAGGUCCUCUCUGACUUCCCCUCCGUCAACCUCCCGCUCGACUACCUCGUCCAGGUCGUGCCGCGCUUGCAGCCGCGCCUCUUCUCCAUCGCGUCCGCGCCCUCCGCGCACCCGGGACGCAUCCACCUGACAGCAGCUGUUGUCAAGUAUCACACCCCCUACGGCCGCCUCAAGCGCGGGCUCUGCACGACGUGGCUCGCGGGGCUGCAGCCCGGCAGCGACGACGCCCUCGUGCCCAUGUGGAUCGAGCGCGGGGCCCUCAAGCUCAACAGCGACGUCGACACCCCCCUCAUCUGCGUCGGGCCCGGGACGGGCGUGGCCCCGCUGCGCGCUCUCUUGUUCGAGCGCAGCCGCGCGCGGGCGCGUCUCGGCGCCGGCGCGGGCGGGCGCUGUCUGCUGUUCCACGGGUGCAGGGCCCCCGGGGACGAGUUGUACCGGUCAGACUGGCAGGAGCUGCUGACGGACGGGACGCUGAGGGAGGGGGGGUACUCGGUGGGGUACUCGCGGGUGUCUGGCGAGAAGAAGGUGUACGUGCAGAACAAGAUCAAGGAGCGGGCCGGGGACGUCUGGGACGCCCUGACGCAGGGGGGGGUGAUGUAUGUGUGCGGGUCUGCGGGGACGAUGCCUGACGCGGUGUGCCUGGCGCUGCGUGGCGUCGUGGAGGACGUCGGCGGGCUGUCGAAGGAGGAGAGCGCGAAGUGGCUCGCCACGAUGGCGUCCGGGGGGAGGCUCUUCAUAGAGGCAUGGUCGUGA